CUGCUAUCUGGUCGUUCGAUAAGACUCAUUAUCGGCUCGCCUCGCCGGGUGUUGGAUGGCGCAUGUCGAUGUCGAGUGACUUGGGGCGAAGCCGACGUCGCUAGCACAUGUUGCGGAACGUGCAGAGGAGAGCGGGGCGGAGGACGGGAGCGUCAGGGACGGCGGCGGUCGGCAGGCGUCAGCACUCCGCCGCACCAACGCACACCGGCGCGCGCACGCACACACGCGCGGCAUCUACGGUCACACGACGCCCGCGCCCAAACACCGUCACCGGCCUUAUCGUGGCCAUCUUUAAACGAGCACACUGCACGCCAACCAAGUCGGUACGAAUUCUUUCCUCUCGCUGUUGUGACGACUGUUCUCCUUUCUUUAUCCUUUGCGCGUUGCUCGGCGCCCACCUUCCUCAAGGUUAUGGUAAUACCCGUCAGACCGGUGAUAUGUUGGCUAGUCGACCUCAUCACAUGA